UUACUGGACUGGUGAGGUCAGUAGUAGCUAUGUCAGCGCAGGAAUGGGGAAUCUGCCUGAGGGGAAAAGGUGUAGCAUCUAUGACAGUACCAGUGUACAUCGCAGAAGUUGCUCCACCACACUUAAGAGGCAGAUUAGUUACCAUUAAUACGCUGUUCAUCACGGGAGGGCAGUUUUUCGCAAGCGUCGUCGAUGGACUCUUCAGCUACCUCGCAAAGGAUGGAUGGAGGUACAUGCUGGGCCUCUCAGCUGUUCCGGCAGUUAUACAGUUUCUUGGCUUCCUGUUUCUUCCUGAAAGCCCCCGUUGGCUCAUUCAGAAGGGCCAGACUCAGAGAGCGCGGAGAAUUCUCUCUCAGAUGCGUGGUAACCAGGCAAUUGAUGAGGAGUAUGACAGUAUCAAAAACAACAUUGAAGAAGAAGAAAAAGAAGUUGGAGCAGCUGGACCUGUGAUCUGCAGAAUGUUAACAUACCCUCCAACUCGAAGAGCCUUAAUUGUGGGUUGUGGUCUGCAGAUGUUUCAACAACUGUCAGGGAUUAACACCGUCAUGUACUACAGUGCUACCAUUUUGCAGAUGUCCGGAGUUCAAGAUGACAGGCUUGCAAUCUGGCUGGCUGCACUGACAGCAUUUAUAAAUUUCAUCUUCACUCUUGUGGGAGUCUGGCUUGUUGAAAGAAUGGGUCGCCGGAAACUUACCCUUGGUAGCUUAUCAGGUACUGCUGUAGCACUCAUUAUCCUAGCUUCGGGAUUUUUGCUAUCAGCUCAGGUCUCGCCAAGAAUCACACUUACUCCACCAGAUCCUUCACAUCAAAACUCUACCUGCACAAAAUACAGUUAUUGUAAUGGAUGUAUGUUAGAUCCAGACUGUGGUCUCUGCUACAAACUGAAUAAGUCAAGUGUCGUCGAGUCCUCAUGUAUUCGUGUUGAUAAAGAUUCUACAAUGAAAGCAGCUUGGGGCAGGUGUUCAAAUGAAACUGUAUUCAAAAAGGAAGAUUUAUUUUGGGCAUACAAUUUCUGCCCCACUCCAUACUCUUGGACAGCACUUCUGGGCCUUAUUUUAUACUUGGUUUUCUUUGCGCCUGGGAUGGGCCCUAUGCCCUGGACAGUCAAUUCUGAAAUUUACCCACUUUGGGCAAGAAGUACAGGAAACGCAUGUUCAUCUGGAGUCAACUGGAUUUUCAAUGUGCUCGUGUCACUGACAUUUCUGCAUACAGCUGAAUAUCUUACAUACUAUGGAGCGUUCUUCCUCUAUGCAGGGUUUGCUGGCUUGGGACUCGUUUUCAUCUAUGGCUGCCUUCCUGAGACUAAAGGGAAAAAACUAGAGGAAAUUGAAUCUUUAUUUGAAAACAGGCUAUGUACAUGUGGUAUGUCAGAUUCUGAUGAAGGGAGGUAUAUUGAGUAUAUUCGGGUGAAGGGAAGUAAUUACCAUCUUUCUGACAAUGAUGCUUCUGAUGUGGAAUAAUUUUCAGCUGCUGAUAUAUUUAAUCAUUUAAAAGCCUUCUGAGGGAAGAGCAGCUCUUUGAUGACCUCACUGCCCUGCUUCUGGUCUGGUUCUCCUUUCUACUGUCUAGUUAAAAAUGCCUUCAUAUUCAAAAAUGCUCCAUUUGGGAGGCAAUUCGGUAUGCUCGUGUUUUCUUGAUAACUAAAAGCAAUGGCUUCCAAAAAAGAUCAAAUUCCAUGAUUAUGUGAAUUAACCAACUGUGUGCAGUACUGCACCCUCCCAAGGUGUUCAGUGCAAUGCCCUGCACCAAAUGAGUAUAGAAGGCUCUCCCAAGAUGGUUAGUGGUUAUCCGUAUCUUCAGUGCUGACACAAACAAUACAAUAAUUAAUCAGAAAGCAGCUGAGAUCCGUCUGAUGCCCAUUCCAUAGCGGCCUAGCAUAUGGGUCUGCUAUGUCGUACAAAAACUGAGGAAUGCAUGAGCUGCUGUAAUGGUAAUCAUUUAAAAGGAUUAACUGAGCUUAUUAUUCCUUAUUAUCAGAGGGAACAUUUCCCUAAUUUACCCUAAUAGAAUUUCACUUCUAUUUAUUUGUGAGCAUGAGUAGAGAGCCAUACUCACCUAUGUGGUGUUUCGCUAGGGUGGCAUAAGUGUGGGUUACAUGGGGUUAUCCAGCCGCUGGUGCUCUUUGAGUAUACACUACAAUCAGUAGUUGGUACCUGUGAGAUAAACUACCAAAAAUAACCUUCUGCUAGCAGUAAAACAGAACUAAGUGUGUGACCACAUGUACAAAAGAACUGGUAUCUAUUGCGAAGUACGAAAUAGAGGCUUCAGUUAGUUGGAAUAAAUCAUUUUUGUUUCCACAUUUGAACAUUGGGGUAUGUGCCUAGUUUUGCACACAAAAUAUCAUGAACUAAAAGGAGUAAAAGGAGGGGAAAGGUUUUGUGCUGCCAAGUGUACACUGAGCUCCCCCCUUGUGCCCUUUACUCACGAAUAAUCAUAUUGCCUUCAGGUUAUUUGUGCAGAGUAAAUGAACCCCAGCAAAUUUUUCCUUCAGAAGGUCUUAAUUAACCAUUGUCUUACUGGAUCUGAACAAAAGUAUUAGCAAUGGACAGAAGCCUUCAUCUCAUAUUAAUUACCUUACUGAAGCAUUGCAAAAUUGUCAAGAAAACGUCCGGCACAAAAAUCAAGUGGACUGCCUUUAGCAUGGUAAUGAAAAUAUUUAUGGUAUUUGUUCACCUGACAUGAUUACUUGCCUUGGCAAAUUGGGUUUUAUGCGGCUACAUAAAAAUAUUAUGAUUUUUUUCCCUUGCCCUGGCCUCACUGCUUUAAUUCUUCAGAGGUAUGAGCUUGAAAGCAUCAGGAAUUCAAACUCUUACCUUUGAAAUAUUUGCUUCAUGAAAGAAUGUGGAAAACCUCCUCUGCCUAUGGUGGGUUCCCCGUUUAUGUGGUAAAAAUACAUUUAUUUUCAUUGUGUAAAAAAUGUUGGGUUCGUUAGCUUUUAUAGGUAUAUUUCGUGGGCUUUUCUUGGGUUGAAAAAUAUUUUGAAUGUAAGAGUACUAUCAAAAUGAGACUGGAUGUUUGUUACUAAAUUAUUUUUGUUGGAUAAAGUAUGGAUUUUUUUUUGUUGUCGGAAUGAUGAAGUUUGAUGAAGUCUGACGUUAUGCUAUGCAGGUGGUUUUCUUACUCUCUUCAAUUAUUGAACUUCAGUGAUUGGGGUCUAUUUUGGGUCAUUUUCAUUUUUACUUGAUUAAUGAAAGAAGUAUUUUUUAAAAGAAAACAUUUUAAAGCAUCCCUCUGUAAUUUGACUGGAAGUAAAAGGGGAAAGCGUAGCAGACAGAGGGAAUUUUAAAUGAAUCAUGGUGAACGGUGGAGCCGGAGCGUUUCCUGGUGCAGCGAGAGAGCUGGAUUCUCAGGCCUUAGAUCUUUCCUCUCCUUUAAGCGCACAAUGUUUUAUGCUCAUAAGCACCAGCUGUAGAAAAUGUUCAGCUCUCCCAAGCCGUAUACGAAUAUAGCCCCUGCAGAAUGUCUCUGUUAGGCUGUCACCUCGUUGAAGCCUUCACCAAAGGUGCAAUACCUUAAAUGAGAAAAAGGGAUACUCGUCACCGACAAGAACAGGAUAGUUGUAAGGGUACGGAGGCUGCUUCUUGCAGCUGAAAAAAAUCUGUCUGUCAGGACCGAAUUCAGAAGAGUUUCAGUAUCUGGAGCAGCGUAGGAGUCGGUGUUCUAACGUCCAGCCUGUGCCUACCGCUACCCUACGCAGGGACAGACUGAAGCAGGUAUUUGCAGGCUUUUCAGAGCAGGGGCUGCGGCUCUGCUCCCCCUCGGCGGCAGCCCCUGCUCGCCGCCCUACCUGCCCACGUCCCCCUGGGGCAGGCUUUUCAGGAGCCAGGCCAAAGCCCACGCGAGCGUCCCUGCUCAGGCGGGCUGCAGCGCUUCACUGGCGCUUUGCUGCACGGAGGUCCACAGUUAGAGGAAACCGUUGCUUUUGUUUGGCAUAACGAAAGCAAAGGCACGAUAAAGCUCACUCUCUCAAGAUCAGUGUCUUUGUUUGGUUUUUGCAGGCAGUGCUGGGGCUCUUUAACAACCGAAGACCAUCUUUCUUUGCCUGCGUUGUUUCGCGGACGUUCCCAAAAGUGACAUGCAGUUGUGUUCGGUCCUAGACUAACUUUCUGACACACCAGCUGGAUCUUACUGAAGCGAUUUUCUGAAGUUUUGCAUCCCAUGCUCUUUUUUUCUUAGGCGAUGCGAUUAAAACACGUGCAUUUUAUUCCUGAUUGCCACUGGUAAUGAGGGUGCAAAAUAUAUCAGCUUCUUUAUUGUCACUCCCCCCUCCCACCCCCAAAGAGUUGGGCUUAAGUCUUCCUUUUAGGAUUGCUUUACACAAAGAUAACAUUCCGUACCUUAGAAACAGCGAAGCUAGUACCAAGCACUAUGUGUAAUAAAAAUGAGAUCAAAUAAAUACUUGAAAUUAAUCUUACACAAUUAGGGUUUUAUUUUUAGAAUCUGUGAACAUUUUUAAUGUAUGAAGAAAAUUAAAUAAAUGUUUCUAUUUUGCAACAGAUUUUUUAUAUUUGUGCAUAUUUUAAGUUUUAAGAGAUUUUGCUAAGGAUAGACUUAUUAACAUUCCAGAUCAAAGGAUAAAAGUACAAUGUAGCUGAAUAAUUUCUUAUGACAGGGUUUUAAUUUAUAAAGUAGCGUAAGUAGUGUGUCUAAGCACAACAUUGUUUUAUUAAAAGCUUUCUGCAGAAGAUGUGAAAUAGUUUCUUCACAAGGCCUGCACACUUAAUUCAGGUGUUCUGUGCAUCAGGAAUGCUAAUAGAACUGGUUGUAUAGUUUUGCAUGAAUUGCAUAUUGAUUAUAUACCAUAAUUUGAGGUAUUUUAGUACAUCUGAUGCUUUAAAUAUUUUCGUCUAAGAGCAAGUAUAAAAGAAACAAUUCCUGAUGUAUUGUAAAUCUUUUUAAUUUAAUUCACGUAUAGUGGUUUGUUAAACAUUUUUAAAUUAAAAUAAUUUUUUAGGUCAUUUGCACCUUGUUUCUUCCCCUUGUCACUUUGUUGAUCAAAAUCAGUUUCAAAACAGACACAAACCUGUUUUGAAAAUAACAGCGGAGUAAGCCCUUAGGACUCGUUUUGAGAAAUGAAGUUCAGCUGCUACUCCUGUGUGUUAGUUCAUUCUCCUAGACAUUGCCACCCACUGACUUGCAGUGACGGCCAUGCCAGAAAUUUUGUAAUAAGAGAAAGGUGCGUCAUGAGGAACGUUGUUCUAGUGCUGACUUACUAGUGAAUGAGCUGAAAAAUGCAGCGUUUCACUUGCAAAGGAGUUUAGUGGUGGGAGGGUGGAAGAGCAAAGAUGCCACAUCGCGAGCCCUGCCAAGUCGCGCGCCGGCUGGGGCAGCCGUCGGCAGCGUAGAGGAGUUGUCUCUUGCUUCUCCCGCUGUGCGGGUGCCUGGGGGCCGGUAGCAGCGGUGAUGGGGCCAGGCCGGCUGCUGGACCUUGCCAUAGGGCCGGCCCUGCCCAGUCCUGCAGCAGGGAGCGGGAGGAGAGGGACCGGUGAGACUGUUGGGAGCAUGGCCAUGCUGCACAGCGGCGGUCCCAGGGAGGACAAGUGGGAAGAAGAGCACGAGUGCUUCACUCCCACGACCUCACGGAGGUGAGAACAUGGCAUGCGAGUUGAGAAAGCUAGUAUUUUUUUUCCUCUGUGAAAUCUCUUUUGCCCUUCUUAGUCCCUCAGGUUGAGGCUGGAGAGAAGUUCUGAUUUUCAGGGGCUGUUACAAGACUCCUGGCACUGAGCAGGGGUCUCUCCUUCGGGUAUGAGGGUCUUGGGUGCAGCCCCAAAGCCUGCAAGGGGUAAUUAAAGAUAGACCUUGUACUUCUCAGCUUUAUACCCAACUUUCUACUUCUCAGCUUUAACAUUCUUCUGACAUGGUUGUCUUGAAAUUUUGCUUGUAUAGGAGGCUUUGCUAGCCAAACAUUACUAAACAAGAAAGAGGCACAGUCUUCAUGGUAUAGAGAGGUCUUCAAACAGAAAUAAGAGAGAAGACAAAAGUUCUGCUAAGCACUUUAAAGAGUAAGGUAUUUGUGCACUUUUUUUGAGAGAGUCAGGCUAACCAAAACCAUUCCUCUGCAUUGGGAAGAAAAUAGAGCUAUGUGUACCAGGCCAGAAGCAGAUAAUCCCACAAUAUGUGCUUUAUGGCAAAAUGUGUUUUUAUUGCGGGUAACAUUUACAGCUUACAUGUAGCUGCUGCCUAUAAAGUGACUGAAUUGUUCUCUGGAUUUUAAGAAGUCACAUUUUUUUGUGCAGAAAUCUUAGUGGUUUUCUAUCAAUAUUCAUCGCCUUGUGUACAGUACAGUUAAGCAUAAUCCACAAAGUGAUCUAGGUUGUGGCAGUGUUAAAAAUGUCAGCACAGUAAAAUCUAGGUGAACAUUGUUGAAGAAAUAUUGUUGUUUGUGAUACUGGGGGUAAAGCUCCCUAAAGGCAACUAUAUAUAGAUUUUAAAAGUCUGAGAAAAUGGCAAUUCUUACCUAUUUUGUGUAUGUUUUCAUAUAGAGAAGGAGUUUUUUAUGUGCCAAUAAUCAUUACUGUAGUGUUUUGUAAAUGGGUGUUAAUGGUGUUUCAGAGUUCUGUAUAUGAGAAUAUACUUUAACCACAAUGACCUGUUAGUGUGAGCCAACGGCAUGUUUUUAAUCUUGCACCUUUUCUCAAAGGUGUUCACUUGUCAGCUUCAAUAGAGCUCAUUCACACCAGUGUAAGUUAGACCAGAAUCAGGCCUCAAGAAUCCAGAGUUCAUCUAAAUCCCCACUUUUUUGCAUUACACAGAAAGUAUGUUUUAUUUGAAUGAUUUGGCAUGUUUAAUUGUGAAGCUGAAGGUAUGGUUCAGUUACGCUCCUCAGUUUCAUUUGGAUAUAAUUUUUUGAAAAUUGGUUUGACAUUUCAUCAUAUUUAUAUAAAUACUAAGGUGAGCACUGAUUAGUGAUAAUUACUCGUAACAUCCAUUUACUUAUAAAUGAAACAGCAGUUUAUGAAGUGUUAAAAUAAAGGCAAAUUUCUCUUGCUGCCUUAAACUUUCCACUGACUUUGGAGGGAACUGAAUGUACAACCAUCAUUGUGACUUCUGCAGGAGAAGCUUAAUUUUGUGGGACAGAUCCUCAGCAGGUGCAAAAUGACACAGCCGCGUGGUACCAGGAUGCCUGCUCUGACUUACACCGCAGGCUCUGCCAAGUGUACCCCUGUCAUCUGCUCAAUUUUAAGUAUUUGAAUAGUCCCUAGGAACUCAAUAGGAUUGUUCAUAUGCUUGAAAUUCUUUACGUGCUCGAGUGUCCUGCUGGUUCAGGGCAUAGCUGGGAAUUGGCACUAGUCAUGCAUCAACUUUUGUCUGGAAUCUCGCAACCCUACAAAAUCUUUAACUGGAUUUUCCUGGGAUAAAUUCUAUUUAGAAUAUUUGCAAUAUUAUUGGAGACCAAAUUUGUAGUAGUACUUUUGUUUUUAAUAAUAACAUGCAUAUGAAGCCAUCAGGCAUACUCUAAUCCCUGGAUGCAUGUUACAUUAUUUAGUACAAAGCAGGUUUUGGCAAAACUAAUUGUCAAAUUGUCUGUUCAGAUUAUUUCUUAACAAUGUCAAACAUGUGCCAUUUCCUUUUGCAGCCAGUCAAGCCUAUAAUGUAUGAAAGUGUUGUACAUUUUCUGAAACUUAAGUGAUGUCAAAUUAUUUAAUUGAAUUCUGUUCUGAUUGCUUUCCUGAAGUUUGGUCUUUAACAUAAAAAUAUCUUCAAUGAAUUGUCAGUGCCAGAAGUGUAAAUGAACAAAAUAAAAGGUGAGAUAAUUAAAUACA